GACGUUCGGUCUCAUUCCGUGAACUCUUUGACUGUGUGGUGGUGGAAAUAACGUGUCUGGCCGGUGCUUGUGGAUAUUAUUUCUAACUGGAGUGACUGUACGAAACGGCCCCGAAAAGUACAUGCUGCACAUGGAAUUUAAAAAUAAAAUAAAACAAUAAACGCCGAAUCGACUUAUUAUUAGGAACACUGGAUUCAUGUUUUCAGUUCUCAGUACAAUAGGAUGAUCACCUAACAAUGAAUGCCAGUCGUUCUGGAGAUGGCGGCUAUAAUUGUCGCGUUAAACUCACUCAAUGUUUGGCCAUAGUUGUUAGAAAGGAAGGUUGUCGAGGCGACCCCGGUGAUUUUUGGAUGUACGAAAAUGGAUAUUUGCUAUUUCAGGGAUUGCUGUCUUCAAAUUCGGUGUGUUGGUGGAACAACGCCUUGAAUGGUGCUACGAAGAGCCUAGUUUAUCAUGGUUACGUCAAUCCAGGCGCCAUAAUUGUAGGAUCCGAACCAUGUGCUCUAGAAAUAUUAAGGAAUGCAUGGUCCAGACGAGUCCUGCAGCCUCCUCCUGGAUAUCAAAUUGUUGCAAUAGAGGACAUAGAUGAUUGCAUCGCAUCGCCAGUAUCCCAAACCCAAUGGACUCCAUUACCUGAAGCAGUUUGUGCAGUAGUAUUAAGGCUUUCGAGCCAAGGAAGGCCAGCAGGAAUUGAAACCAUACGAGAGGGUUUGAUCCUGACAUUUCCACAUGUGUCACCUCCCAGUGAACAUGCCUUAUACGACACAUUGGUCCAGUUAACCAAGGAAAGAAAACUCUACAACACUUCCAGUGGAUACUACAUCGUCACUCCAGAGAGGAGGCGAUCUAGAAGCCAGUCCCAUGGAAGACGACGAGAUGAUAAUCCUGUGGAACCACCGUCGAACAAAACCAUGCUUAUGUCCGCGGAAGAAGCCAUGGCCAUGGUCCAUGGUGACAUGACCACGAUCAGGGAUGGAAACAUUACACAUCAGUGCAUUCAAACGAACCUGGCUGACGUAAUAUGCGGUGGCAACGCCAGCGACAAAAUCCUUUACCCACGAAAUAAACGUCGUUCUUCGUCCUUUCCCUCUCCAAGGAGUCCAGAUAGAAGGUCAUUCAGACUGUGGAGUUCAAACAGAAGGCUAAGAAGGUCAGCUUCUACAAGAACCAUUGCCAAGCAUCACCACUAUGGAGACACAAGUAGCAGCACUGAAUAUCCCAAUAGCAGUGACUCAACGCCAAUACCAAAAAAAGAGUCACUUUUGUCAAGAAUAUUCAGACGUUCUAAGAGGUCACAAUGUCAAAUUGGUACCUUCAGUGCGCAGUUUCCACCAACGGAGUGGUUUAACUCCAAAGCAAUUCAUUUGCACAACGUUGGGACACAAACAUGCCUUUCGGAAAAGGAAAUUGGCAUCUCUAUAUCGUCAUACCUGGAGAACUACGAACUCGGUUCAUCAAGAUCUGCGACACUGCCUAGACAUCGAAGACAACUCUCAAGUGACCUUACUUUUGCUGCCUCAAUCACCAACUCAAGGGAAAACUCACCGAUUUCAAGAUACACCAAUAGCACAUUGCCUAGAAAUAAGGGCUACAGGAGUCGCGAGAGCUCUAGAAAAACCAGUAGGUCUAGUUUGAGUAAAACGGCGACUGAAAAGACAGACGACAGUGGAAUUAAGUCUCUUGAACCCCCUGAAAUAACAAAUAGUAACACAAGUUCUCCUAAAUUGAAUGGCAGAGCAGAGCCUGUAACAAACGGAGACACAACGAAGACUAGUCAUAAGUUCAACACAACGAAUUUCAGUUAUGAAGAGCCUACAGAUAAUUCUUCGGAUUCCCCAGUUAAGAACUUAUCCAGCAUCGACAAUAGUGGACCAUCAAGCAUAGAAUCCCACAAGAGUAACAAAACUGGAAGCUCCAUAACCUCCGGGCCUUCAAGCAUCGAAUCCCACAAAACUGUCAUCAAUAGGAAUUCUACCGAAUCUCCGAAAACAUCGGUUGAAUCUAGAAGUUUGAAGAAACUUCAUCACAGAAGAGAAGCGAGGGAAAAAUCUAAAACGCAAAAGCAAUCAGCUGCUCCUACAGUAACCUCAAUCCCACACAGUAACUCAUUUACUCUUCAAGUGACAACCAAUCAAGGAGGCCUAAAUAUGAACAACAAAGCAAAUGCUACUACAACAGCUACCAUAAAUGGAGGAACAGCCGGGAAUACUAAAAUUUUCGUACAGAACUCUCCGGUAAGAUCUGUUAUCACUUUCGAGAACGGACAAUCAAACGAAAUCAACCCCAAUGUAGUCAUUAUAAAUGGUACAGAACCAACUACAACCGAAACAAAAUUCGAUUCGAGCACAGAUACUUGCGACGUUAAGUAUCCAACUAAAAAUACGAAUCAAUCGAAGGACUCGCAAGUAAGUUUAAACAAUACAUCAACAAGCUUUGACAAUUCAAACAACGAACAAAAGAAUGAAACAAUGAACAACAGCAGAAAACUGUCCCUGCAAUUACCUUCAAGGGACGGUUUAAGUUACCAUAAUUUAAUCAAGAAUGUCUCUUCUAGUUCCCACAAUCAAUUCAAUUCAAAUUCCAAUCCGGAUUCGCCCAUAGCAAAUUCCUACAGAGACUUUUCGAAAAAUACCGCAUAUAGUAGUAAUCCGCCUAGUCCCACAAAAAGUUACGAAGGUAUACCAUUAGCGACAACCGGUAAAUUUCUAAAAAACGAAAUUGGCUCCAAAACCUCGCUGGAAAAAUCAUUCUACGGACUGGAGUCCAGCAAGGUUUUGGACAAGAACUUCAUUGGUUCUGAACCGAACAUUUGUUACAAGGAAAGAACAUUGACGAGAGAAAACAGUAAUCAACAGUUUCCCAGUCUAAGUGACCUUAGUUUUAAUUUCACUAGUUUAGCCGCACAAAAAAUACUGAACGGUGUUAGUAUAAACAGCGUCGACACAUUAGUCGAGCUUAAUAUGGCUGCCAAUGUAGAAAAGCAAAAUAACUGUGAUGUUGUUCACACAGAUUUUGGUUUGUUUUGAUUAACUGUUCUUAUGUCAACUUUUUAUGUGAAAGUUCACAUUAAGACUUUAAUGCCGACAGUGAAAACACCUGUACUUUAAUUCGACUAAAUUAUUUUAAUUGUUUUUAUGUUUAACCGUCUAUAUUUUUCUUGUUGGCAUGCUAAAUCAUAUUUGAUAUACAAUUUUAUACGACUAAUUUUGGUCGAAUGUACGAAUAUAAUAACAUAGCGAAAGAGAUUGUAUAUGUAUUUUGUAAUUUUGUAUAUUUAUUUUAUAUAAUGUGAUUAUAAUCUUUAUAACCCAUGUACAGACAAUAAACUUUUCAAUU